GCGCGCGCAAUCUCCUAUCUUGGCCUUUACAGCACCGAUACUCUGAUCAACUUUGAUCUCGUAGAAAUGCGUCGAGUCAGUGAAUAGUGCCUGGAAAACAGCAUUCAAUAUACACCAUCGGCCGUGGAACAGAAACAGAAAGAAAGACAAAAUGUCGCCACUCCUGGCCACGCUGCUAAGAUGGCGGAGAGAAGCUAACGAGCAGGUUGCCGACGAAGGCAGCUCCACAACAGAAUUACCUGUGUCGGAGCAGCCAGGCACGUCGACGGUGCCGCCCUCGCAAGAGACCUUUGUGGAGAUGACCACAGACGUCGCCAAGAAGAUCGGCUUAGAGACUUGGCAGCUUGUAGCCAUACUUGUUGGAGUGGGAGUUGUAGUCCUCGGCAUAUGCUUCUGCUGUAUCAGAAGAUGUUUCCGCAAGAGACGAUCCAAGGAUGGCAAGAAGGGUAUGAAGGGGGUCGACCUGAAGUCCGUCCAACUCCUAGGGUCAGCUUACAAGGAAAAGGUUCAGCCGGACAUGGAGGAGCUGACGGAGAACGCAGAGGAGCCAGACGACGGCGACUCCAAAAAGGAGGAGCAGAAACUUGGCAAACUUCAAUUCAAGUUGGAGUAUGACUUUAAUAGCAACAGUUUGUCAGUAACUGUUAUUCAAGCAGAGGACCUACCAGCCUUGGAUAUGGGAGGCACAUCCGAUCCCUACGUGAAAGUCUACCUUCUACCCGACAAGAAGAAAAAGUUUGAGACCAAAGUCCACCGGAAGACUUUAAGUCCAGUUUUCAAUGAAACCUUCGUUUUCAAGAACGUGCCCUACGCUGAUGCAAUGAACAAAACGCUAGUAUUCGCGAUCUUCGAUUUCGAUCGGUUCUCGAAGCACGACCAGAUUGGCGAGGUGAAGGUGCCGCUGUGUCAGGUGGACCUGGCGCAGACCAUCGAGGAGUGGCGCGAGCUGCAGAGCGUCGAGGGCGAGGGCGGCCAGGACAACAAGCUGGGAGACAUAUGUUUCUCCUUGCGUUAUGUACCCACGGCUGGUAAACUGACAGUUGUCAUCCUCGAAGCCAAGAACCUUAAGAAAAUGGACGUCGGCGGCUUAUCAGAUCCGUACGUAAAGAUAGCACUCAUGCAAAACGGCAAGCGACUCAAGAAGAAGAAAACGAGCAUCAAGAAAUGCACACUGAAUCCCUAUUACAACGAGUCAUUUACUUUUGAAGUACCAUUCGAACAAAUACAGAAAGUAAAUCUAGUGGUAACGGUGGUGGACUACGAUCGCAUCGGCACCUCUGAACCGAUCGGGAAAGUGGUGUUGGGGUACAACGCUUCGGGCACCGAGCUUCGCCACUGGUCCGACAUGCUGGCCAGCCCGCGGCGCCCCAUCGCGCAGUGGCACACGCUCAAAGACCCCGAUGAUGGAGAGAAGAAAGAUUAAAUAUCAGACGGAGAGUAAUCGCAGCGGGCAGUCACGGAGUGGAAGAUUAUACGAGAAUUUACCAGUACCUACUUUUUUGCAUUUGUCAUCUACCAAAUGGUUAUGAGGCAUUAUUAUUUAUGUUUUUCUAUUAAUUUAGUAUUGUAAAUCCCAUUGUAAUUAUUGUGAUAAAUUAUAGUACCUAAUUUAUGAUAGUUUCCUAAAAAAUGUAAAGAAAAAUAUUAAUUGUGUAUUUAUAGUUUAUCUCAGUACUUUUUUGUUACUUGAAUGUUAGGUGAGGCACAUUACUUUCUAACGUGAAUAUAAUAAAAAAGAAGUUAAUAAGGGAUGAAAUCUUAGAAAUCUAUUUUCGAUUUCACACUACUAAGAAGAAACAGACAAAAAAUAUUUUUCCCAUUAGAAAGGAAUUUUAUAAGCUAGGUUAACACAGCGUUGUUUUUUUUUUUAUUUUACGUCCAUAGACGUGAUUACUUCUUUUGUGUCACAUUUAAUGGUGAAAGUUUUUGUAUACAUUUAAGGAAAUAUUUAAUACCGCCUCACCUUGCAUUUUCUUCAAACGCCUCACGAAAAUUAAUUUAUAUAAUACUCGUAUCGUAUCUAUAUUUUAUUUGCCAAUUUAUUUUACAGCGAGAAUAAUAGUAGAAAAAUAUUAUUAGCUAUAUAUAAUAUUAUGUUAUGCAACAACAUUUUUUAUUUAUAUACAUUAAUGUUCAUCUCUUGCGCUAAAAUUUCAUCUAGAGAAAACUAUUAUAUCUAUAUAUUCGGAUGUUUAAAUUCUACAUGUUAAUUGAAAAAGUUUAAUUGGUGUACGAAUCUUAUUGUCUUAAAAAUUACUUAACGCUAUGUAAAUAAGUUAUAUCCUGUUAAAUUUAUUACAUUCUAUUUUACUAUCAGGUAAGUGUUAAAAUAUUGAUACCCUUUUAUUAAAACUGUUCCUCUGCGGAAGAGAACAGUUCGAUAUGUAGUAUGUAAUGGUAUUUAUAGCAUUUAGUUUACAUUAUGUACAAGGCAUAACAGUUUCCAUUAAGUAUAUUUCUAAUUCUCUUCUGGUGAGGAACAAACCAUAGGCCUAUCGAUCUAAAAUCAUAAACAUAGGUAUUUAUACUAUAGGUGAUUCUUAUUAUUCAUUAUUUUAAUGCAAACAUGACAAUUAAGUUAAUAAUAUCCAUUGUUUAUACUUAUUACGUGUGCUUAAUUAAAAGUUAUUGUUGGUCAAGGCUGAUCAUUGUUUGCAUUUUUCAACAAAAUAUUAUUAUCUAACAGAUGUGCUGUGCAAAAACAUUAAGUUAAUUUGAAUUAAUUUUGAUUCAGCUUAUUUCAAUAUAAAAUAGAUUUACCAAGUUGACGGAAGACAUUUAAAAAUAAGUGGAGCAAUCGAUUCUAAGAAAUUGUAUAAAGUUACGCAUUCAUCCGUAUCUUGCAUCGAUAUACUAAGUUACUUAAAUAUAACUAUUUAUAAAAUAAAAUAUAUCUAAAUAACUGUUGUUGAAUCAUACAAAAUUGUGUAGAUGUCAUUUAUCUAUAAAAAUUAAAAUUAAAGCAGAUUAAGUACUAUAUAUAUAUAU